CGACUUAUGAGUUACCACGUAUACGUUUUUUGUGGGUGAAAAACAUUGUGUUUUAUAUAUAUACCAUAGUCCGUAUAUAAACUCGGGGAUUCCACCUAUUUUUAUUAAUGUAACACAAAAUAAAUAAAAAGUUGUCGUUUAACGUAGUUUUUUAACAGAGUAUCAACAACAUAUCUCCAUAUCUGAAGCAGAAUCUGUAUAGAAACAUUUAUAUACGGAUUCUGAUCUGAAGAAAAAGUUCCAACUUUUUGGUCCCUGGAUAAAAGAGCGCAUCCUAGCGGUACAAAAUUUUCUCUUACCAGCUGGGAGAAGUGCAUGUGCUUUGCGUGGAAAAAAUGAUGGAUUUUGAAGUUUUUGAAGACGUUUUACUCGAAAUUACUGAGGUUUUAUCUUCUCAAACUGCGCUUGCUUACGAGUUAGCUAUUUUGUCAAAGGUAUGUUACAAAAAUUCAAACGCGCAACGAAGACAGAAACAUUUCGGAGCGCUGAAAAAGAUUGAACGAAAUUUUAGAAAAUUUGUCUCAAACGAAGUUUUAACUGCGGCUCAGAAUGAGCUCUGUGUGCUAGAAGAUUCCCCAUCAAGAUUAAACAGAUCUGUUAAAGAAAUACACUUCGUUUUGUACCAAAGUUACCUCUAUUUAAACGAAGUAUGUAAAAACUGUAUGGAAUCUGUACAACAUAGUUUAGACCAAUUGCGCAUCGAACGGUUCGUCAAAUAUCAUGUUUUAUUGGUGACACUGUCAAGCAAAAUUUACAAUUUAACUGGAAAAUUAAUGGCGGAAAUGAAAACAUGGAUAUUAAAACUACAAAGCACAUUUGACCAUCUAAAAGUUUUGAAACUUCCAGACGAUUCUACAAUACCUAUUACAGUUGAUGCUUUACCAACUUGUUUAAAUGAAAAUGAAACCACAAUUUCUAUAAAUGAAACAACUGACAUUGCUGAUAAAACUAGGGGGAAAAGGCCAUUAACUUGUAUUGAGGAUGAAAAUGCCGUAGACAUUGGCGUUGCUCUUGACAGGAGCACCUUCUUAAAAAAUACUCAACAAACUCAAAGUCCAGCUGACAGCCUACCUAUAAUGCAAGAUAUCUGUUCAACACCUUAUGAAGCUGGAGCUGAAACGACAUUUUCUAUAAAACAAAGAAAUAUUGCUGAUAAUCCUGCUAUAGAAGAAGUAACAACUUUUAGUAACAAUGAAAAUACCCCAGAUUUUGGUAUUGUUAUAGAUAGGAGUGCCUUUUUAAAAGAUCUACAAAGUAAUGCAAAAAGCUCUCCAAAAUCACCCGUGACUUUAUCUACAAUAGAAGUACCAGAAACUAAACUUCACCAAAAGGUCCAAAAGAAAAUUAAACCUUUGCGAAAAAUGUUGACAAAAAAGAAAUCAAAACGUUUAAAUGCCAAAAUGAGAAAUGUCCCUUUAAAAUUAAAACGUUAUCACUGUAAUUUUAACUUGCAUUGUGCUAGAAAAAAGCGAAUGAAAUUUGUAUUACGUUCACUAAAUACGAGAUAAAGCUUUACAGAUAAAUUUCUAUAAACCAAUGUCAUAAGAUUGAGUUUUUAAGAUAUUUGAAAUGUGAUACUUGACGCUAUGGAUGUAACAAGUGUUCAACAUGUAGUGCGUGAGUUGUACGCAGUAUCAACAAUUACUGUGAAGCAACUGGAAGGAUAUGCCGACAGUAACUACUACAUAUCUGCACAACCAAACCAAUAUUCAUGCACAGAGUUUGUAUUGAAAAUAAUUCAUAUGGAGAAUGAAAGCGUUAAAUGUCAAUACCAUGCUAUUGGUUGUUCAUUACAACAUUUACAUAAACAAGGUGUUCAAGUAUCAAAACUAAUACCAACAGUUGAUGGAGAAAUGCUUGGUUCAUAUGAUUUCAAUGACAAUGCAUGUGCAUGUGGGGUAAUGUUGCUUACAUAUAUACAAGGACAGACAUUAUGUGAGGUUGUUGUUACUCAACUUCAUAUGAAUGACAUUGCUCAACAAAGUGGAAAGGCAAUUGCACAAAUAGAUGAAGCAUUAUCGAUGAGUUGCAACUGAAGGGGGAAUGGAAUUUGUUAAACUUGGAUUUUGUAAAAUCCUGUUCCCACUAUAUGCGUUGCAACAAAACGAAGGAUCUUUGUCAUCGUGUCUUCAAUCUUUUUGAAGACAAAGUUGUAAAGAACUUGAACAAGUUACAAACAGGUUUAAUACAUGGAGACGCAAAUGAUGCAAAUUUAAUCUUAAAGCAGCAACCUGGGUGUGGGAGAUGGAUAAUUGAAGGAAUCAUAGACUUUGGGGACAUGGCCCACAGUUUCUAUCUGUUUGAAAUUGCAAUAUUAGUUGCUUACUUUAUGAUGAAAGCAUUUAAAGAUGGUUUAGAUGCUGAUAUAGUGGCAGAUCAUGUUUUAAAGGGAUUCAAAUCUGUUUUACGUUUAAACCCAUUUGAGCAUGAGGUUUUGUAUGUAACUGUUGCCGAGGUUGCCGCUCAUUCAUUGUGUAAAACUGCAGCGGACGCACAAAAGUCUCCCGACAAUUAUGACUACAUUAUACAGGAUUAUGACGCGUUUGAAAAACUCUUGUCUCAUAUUUGUGAUACAAAUAUUACAAACAGAAUGUAGAUGACAGAUGAAGAGGGUGUUUAGUGACAAAGGCACCAAACCUGGGGUGGCAGGGUGGGCAGAUCAACCCGGGAAUUUCUGUGCUUGUGUGAUUAAUGUUAUUCUUAGUAAUACUUCAAUUUAAAACAAUAGCAAAUUAUGUUUAAAAAAAUGGGAAAUUUUUAUAAAAACAAUUUGAAAACGAAGUUUUUAAUCUUAUUGAUCAAACGUAUUGUUUUGUGAAAUUAUUACUUUUUAGAUCUAACUUUGUUUUGAUGGAGAUUUAGUUUUUACAAGGGGCUUUUUAGAGUCAAUACACUAAUUGUAAUGGACAACAAUGUAAUUUACAGAAGACUUUUAACAUUUUCCAGCUCUAACCACUGUGUUUAAUUGUUUUACAGAAAUAUGAGCGCAGUAUUAUCUAAUGAUGUAAAUAGUUUGAUACUACCUGAAUACUCCUUGUCCCAGUUUGCCCCGCCCACUAACAAAGCAUCAAGUACCACUUACAGUACUAGUUACGCAUCUAAUGGAUCAUCAACAUGUGUGGAAACCAACACAACUAAUGGAAACACUUCUCUCCCAACAUUCCCAGCCCCUUAUUCAAACGUGCCUUUCCUACCCGUUUCGAAAGGAAAUAUCAAGAAACUCGCGCAGACCAGGUUCGUGAACUCGUCCCCAAAGAGCUACAGACUGAUGCCUGCUUCAGUGGAGUCGUCUGAAUCUGACCGAACCAGUUUCGUCGAGAAAACAUCGCACAAGUUCUUCCUGCCUGUCACUUACUUUCUUGAGAUCGCAAAAUUAUGGGAAGUCUCCAACCGUAGUGAACUAGAAUGCCACUUCACGAUCGCAAACAAUAAGGAAGAAUUUAAAACUACAGGCUCUGUAUUACAUGAUGAACACACCAGCCAACAUAAGCAGAGACCAAUAUGCCAUGCAAGGCCCAUACCUGCUAAGCUAUGGGGUUCUCAUAAGACCACGUUGAAAAGGCAAAGAAAUGAGAAUUCUGUCGAAGCUGAAAAAGAUUUGCUUAGAAGCGUCAACAGGUUCUUGGGUAGUUGUAGAACAAAGGACAAAAUCUCAGCAAGCAUGUCAGAUAUCAGUACUUCAUCCACCAAUGUUGGAAGUGAAACUCGAAGAUAUCUUUCGCAAAUUGUUUCCCUGAUGAGCAGAAAGUUUGCAGCUCGCCUUGUAAACCAACAGAACGAUUUUGAUUUCAAUGGAAAAACGAUGGAAUUCCUGCACAGGACGACGUGUAUAAACUUGACAAGUUAAACCAAAUGCACUUGUGUGAAAAUAAGAGGGGAAGUAUAGAGGAUCACAAGAGGAGACAUGAUCCUCUGGAUGAAGGUAAAGGGAGACAGCAUCAAGAAGAUAAUGUUAUCUCGCAUCCGGAUCAAAAGAUUAGGGAUUUUCUUCCUGGCUCGAAACAUCAUGAUCUAAAUCUUAGCUUGGAUCUGGAUCAAAAGAUGUUGGAGGUUGAUCCUACCUCCCAAGAUCAGAAAGAAGAUGACCUGCAUCCGGAUCAAAAGAUGGAUCGUUUUGAUCCCGCCUCUCAAGAUCGGGGAAAUGAUGUUGCAUCUGAUCUUGAUCAUAAGAUGGAGGAAUCCGAUCCCAAGGAAGACAUGAAUGAUCGGCAAGUGAAGAUCUUCUCCAUGUCAUCAGAGGAUGCGGUUGGGGAAGCUGACGAGCAUCUUCUUAUCAUCCAUAUAAAUAAGAAUCAAACUAAUGGAGAAGAUCAGGAUCAAACUAGUUUCGGUGAGGAACCAUCUCAUAAGAGAAGAAGAACGAAUAGUGAACCAAUGUCUACCAUGGCAAGCAAUGCCAAGAAUGUGAUAAAGGAACAUGUCGUGUCUACUGUUGGUGUUGGCCCCCACGAUACAAACUCAUCUAGUUACAAAUGUUUUUACUGCCAAGUUAGAUGCAGCAAAAGAAUAGAUUGCGCAAGACACAUGCUAACACAUUUGCCCAGCUGAUAAAAAGAAUUCGUUUCCCCAAUAUUUCAAAACAUUCUGUUAUCUUAUUUAAACAUGAGCUGUUAUUUUUUUUAUUUGAAAAAUCAGCUAAAAUAGCUUUUCAGUAUUUUUCCAUUUGUAUUCACAGUCUUACACAUUAAGAUAAAUUAUGUGCAGUAUUUUAACUAUUCCAUAUGAACUACAAUGUGUUCUGUUUAUUACUUUUACAUUUCAUUUAUUUUGUUUUUAAUUCCUUGUUUGUAUAUUGUAUUACAACUGCAUAAGUUUUAAAUUGAGCGUCAUUUUUAAAACAUGUUAACAGUUUAAACUUUUCUAAUGUAUUAUGUUUAUGAACAAUGUCAUAGGCACCAAUCUUUUAUAAACACAGGGGAGGCAGGAAUAGCUAGACACCAAAUCCUAAGAAACAAAUCUAAAUUAUUGGUUGUAAUGUUUACUAAGUACUGCAGAAUUCCAGAGUUAGCCUGCCCACCUUGCCACCCCAGGUUUGGUGCCUAUGAAUAUCACAUAUUAUGCUAAACGUCCUCCUGCAUUCUAGGUAAAGUUGUUUAACUCAAUUCACACAAUUAUACCUUCUUAUUUUUUAAUGCUACCACCUUGCAUUUUAUCAUUUAAUUUUAUUCAGUAAAAAUUGACUAAUUUUAAUUCUGAACUUUUAUCACUUAUUUUGCCGUACCAGUGUACCUGAUGUUUUGUUUAUGGAUAGUUUCAUGUUAUUAUGACAGAAAAGUUGAUUUCUUUAAUUUUUUAUGUAUUUUAG